AUGUCAGAUGUGGAAGAGAAGAUGAAGAUGUUGGGAUGUAGCAGAGCCACAGCUCAACAAGAGAUUGGGGACACCUUCGCUGAACGUGCUGAAGCUUACUACAAAAGACGUCCUCAGCUGCUCUCCCUGAUUCGAGACUUGUACAAUUCCUACCUCACCUUAUCUGACCGUUACAUUCAAACUGUCGCCAAGACUCAGCAUCACCGUCCACCCUCUUCCCAAAUCUCAGUAAUAGAUAAUGACUACUAUGACUAUGACGACCAAGAAGAAGAUGAUGAUGCUUACACAAGCCACAUUGAUUCGGACGUAGAGAGUUCCAUCUCCUAUCAGCAAUUGCCUCCAACAUUACUACUCGCUGCUUCUGCUGCUACUCAACAUGAUGACACCAUGUUGUUUGAUUUAGAUUCCAUCGUUACGGAGAUUGUGGUGAAGAAUGUUGAAUAUGAUGUCUUACUUGAUGAGGCCAACAUCACGGAGAGGCGAUACAAGGAUGCAUCCAGGAAGAUAGAGCUGCAGAAGAGCUUGCUAGAGGUGUUGGAGUCUGAGAGGCUCAUCUUACUCAAUGAGAAUGCCAAGUUGGGGUAUACAGUGGGUGCCUUGGUGGAAGAGAACAAAGCCCUUGCGUCCGAGUCUCUCUUCAUCAGGAGGAAGGCUGGCGAGCUAGCUCGGUGUUUGCUCAAGACGAGGGAAGACCAGAGGGUGUGCAUGCUUAGCCGUAAAAUCGAGGACCUUCAGGGACAGAUUUAUGGCUUGGAGAAGAGGAACAAGGACUACUAUGAGCAACUUGUGAAGAGAGACCAACGAUCCUUUCAACUUGUACAAGAAGAAGAAGAGAGUUGCAACAUCAACAAGAGCAAGAUAAAUGGUAAUCAGGUGAAUUUGGAGGUUUGCUUUCAGAUACGGAAGAUUAGUCGGAGGCUGAUCAAGAGAGGAGGUAAUAGUAAUGGUAGUGGGAAGGAGAUUGGCGUCGGAAAGGAGAAGAAGGGUUCUUCUUCUAGUUUGUGGGAAAGGGUCAAGAACAUGGAUUUGUUUCUAUGUGGACGUAAUCAAAACUCUACGUAA